AUGGCGGGCCACGGCGGCGGCGCGGGCGGCGGCAGCAAGGCGACCUGGGACUGCUCGUGCGGGGUCAGGGGCAACUGGGCCUCGCGGGCUGCCUGCCGCGCACGCGGCGCCGAGCGACCGCCGUGGGCGAGACCGCGCUCCGCCUCGGCGUCGGCGCGGGGGCCCCGCAGCGGCGCCACGGCUGGCACCAGCAAGGAGGUCAAGGCCCUGCGGCGCGAGCUCGACGGCCUCGAAAAGGAGAACAAGGCGCUGCAGCGCUCGGCCUCGCGGGACGCCGCUGGCGCGGAGGAGGCACGCGACAGCGACAGAGUGGCCGAGCUGCGGGGCCUCAUUACGAAGCUGGAGGCCCUGGGCAGCGAGGACGAGGCCACGGUGUCGCUCGGUCAAGAGCAGCGCCUGGCCAAGCCACCGCACGAGCAGCUGCGGGCCAUCGACAGCAAUAUCGGCGAGCUGGACAAGCGGUGCGUGGCGAAACAGGAGCAGGUGGCCAAGCGGAAGGAGGCCCUCGCCAACGCCGAGAAGGAGCUCGAGGCAGUGCUCGCCGAGCGCACCGCCCUCAGCGCGGAGCGUGCCAAGGUCGCGGCGUCCCACCUGGCGGAGCUUGCGGCCAAGGCCGCCACGCCUGCUGAGCGAGGGCGGCUCUUCCUGGACUCCCUCGGCGGCCUCAAGGCAGCGGUGGCGGGCCAAGUCCCCUCCGAGGUCGCGGCCGCGGUGCAGCUCGUCGAGCGGCGGGGCAAGCAGGAGGCCGCCAGCGUCGCCGCGCAAGCCAGGCCGAGCGAUGCAGGAGGCAGCGCCAGAGCGGAGCCCGUCGAGGUCCUGGCCAGCCAGGAGUGGGCAGACGCGGCGGACGCGACGAUGGACGACGCGCUGGACUCGGCCCAGGCUGCGGAUCUGGUGGGUCCUGGCGGUGAUUGCGACUGUCCUUCCUCGGGCCUCAGCCGCGAGAAGAUCCGCGGCGUCAUCGCCGCAGCCUGCGCCAUGGCAGCCGACCGCCGCAGUGGUGGCAGCGAAGGGGUCAUCAAGAAGAAGCGACAGCGGCCUGGCGCAAGCAAGGACACGUUCGAGAUCAUGACGGACUCGAACGCGGGCGAGAUCAUGGCCGCCGCCCGCGCCCUGCGCUGGGGCCUACCAGGCGCGGGCGGCACCCUCGAGAUCAGGACGGACUGCAAGCUUCUCGUGACGGGCUUUGCCGCGGGCAAGGCCCGGCGCUGUGCGCGGGGCCGCUCGCGCAUUGAGGUGCGGCGCGAUUUCUGGCAGGCCGCGGGCAGUUUCGGCGGCCAGCAGAGCGCGCGGGUCACCGAGGUGAAGGGGCACGCCGCGCUCCGCUCCGUCCACGACGGCCACGCCAGGAUGGGCGACCGCGCCCGGGACAGUUUCGCCAAGAAGGGCGUGAAGCUCCACCCCAUGGGCGAGGCGGCGAUGGAGCGCAUCGAGAUGGCCGACGCAAAUUGCAGCGGCGACGGCCCGCUGGCUCGGCGAGGCGCUGCAGCUGGGGAGCACCGCCCUCACGGCGGCCGACGGCGUGGACGCGGGCGCGGCGGAGCCCACCUGCUGCGGGCGCAGCUGCGGGCGGCGGGGCGCCGCGCGCUGCAGCGACGGCGGGCCAGGCUGCAGGCGCUGGCCAUGCGGCGCGCGCGGCACGGCGGUCUCGGACGCGAGCGGCACACGCUGGCUCUGCGACGCCUGCGCGGGCCGCUCGGCGCCGAGGGCGCGGGCGCGGCCGCCGCAGCGGCGGCGGCGGCAGCGGCGCUGACGGCCCAGGCCCGCGGAGGGACCCAUCGCGACGACGGCGACGCGGAGGAGAGCGGCGGAGCGGCUGGCGCCGUGGCCGAAGACGCGCCCCCACGCCGGCGGCACGUGAGCUUCGACGAGUCGCACUGCCUCUGGACGAUCGGCGAGGGGUCCCACCGCCUCGUCAGCUGCGCGGUCUGCGGCUGCUACGCGGAAGGCGCCCGCGUGAUCGCGCUCCGCAGUCCGUGA